AUGGCCAACCAAACCCCCGCCGUUGUCAUGGACAACGGCACGGGGUUCUCUAAGCUAGGUUUCGCCGGCAACGAUUCUCCAUCCUUCGUCUUCCCCACAGCGAUCGCGACCAAGGGCCCCGCGGCUGGAAGCGGAUCGGGUUCCGGCCGCCCCGCCGUUGCGAACAAACCUUCCUUUCUUACCGGCGGAGCUGGCCCGACAGGUCACUUAUCAGCGAAGCGCGGGACCGAAGACCUCGACUUUUUCAUUGGUGAUGAGGCCAUCGCGGCUGCCUCUGGUCCAGGCUAUGGGCUACACUAUCCAAUUCGGCAUGGGCAGAUCGAGAAUUGGGAUCACAUGGAGAGGUUCUGGUCGAACUCCAUUUUCAAGUAUCUCAGGGUUGAGCCUGAGGACCACUACUUCCUCCUCACUGAGCCGCUUCAGCCCCUGAAUCCUCCCGAGAACCGAGAAAACACGGCCGAGAUCUUCUUCGAGUCCUUCAACUGCGCCGGUCUCUACAUUGCUGUCCAGGCUGUUCUGGCACUCGCUGCCUCGUGGACAUCGUCAAAGGUCACAGACCGGUCCCUGACAGGCACUGUUAUCGACUCGGGUGACGGUGUCACGCACGUGAUCCCGGUGGCCGAAGGUUACGUUAUCGGGUCGUCGAUCAAGUCGAUCCCCAUCGCCGGCCGCGAUAUCACCUACUUUGUGCAGUCACUCCUCCGAGACCGCGGCGAGCCCGACUCGUCUCUCAAGACGGCCCAGGAGAUCAAGGAGAAAUAUUGCUACGUCUGCCCGGAUAUUGUCACCGAGUUCGGCAAGUACGACCGCGACCGCAGCCGGUUCCUCAAGCACGUCGUGACGCAGCUCGGCGGACGCGAGCUAAUGGUUGACGUCGGGUACGAGCGCUUCCUGGCGCCCGAGAUCUUCUUCAACCCGGAGAUUUACUCGUCCGAUUUCCUCACGCCGCUGCCUGUGGUGGUGGACGGCGUGAUCCAGUCGUCGCCCAUCGACGUGCGCCGCGGUCUGUACAAGAACAUUGUGCUCUCAGGCGGCAGCACGCUGUACAAGGACUUUGGCCGCAGGUUACAGCGCGACAUCAAGCAGCUGGUUGACGCCCGCAUCCGCCAGAGCGAAAUGCGCAGCGGUGGCGCAAAAAGCGGCGGGCUCGAGGUGCAGGUCAUCACGCACAAGAGGCAGCGGCAUGGCCCGUGGUUUGGUGGCAGCUUGCUCGGCCAGACGCCCGAGUUCCGGUCGUACUGCCACACCAAGGCCGAGUACCAAGAAUAUGGGCCGGGUAUUGUGCGGAGAUUUGCCCUGCUGGGCGGCCCCGGCGGUUCUUAA